AUGGCACUGAAAACGAAGUAUAGAAUCAGCCAGAAGGAGAUCCAGAGUUCAAUCCAGGCAACAAUAUCUCAAGGCAACACAGUAGAGAAUGAGCAGGCAGAAGUGUCAGAGUUUGGUCCAGAAGUAUUUAUGCCAGAAAUCAAGCCCAGGGUCCUCUUGGUCCAUCCAUCUUGGACUUUGGUGGUUGUGGUGGGGGGUUCCCAGUCCUUCAGGUCAUCCUGCAUGGAUGAGUCUUCUAGCAGGAACAUGACACUUUUCCAUGUGGUGUCAGGGCAAUUCCACGGUUCGCUUGGAUAUGGCUCUGCUCCAGUGAUGAAUGACCAAAGCCAAGGAGCUUUCUUCCAGCGGAUGUUCCCUAAUGAGGACCACCAGUAUACGGGGAUUCUCCAGAUGCUGCUUCUGUUCAGGUGGACCUGGAUUGGGGUCAUUUUUAUAGGUGAUGAUAGUGGGCUGAAAUUUGUACAAACUGCGCUUCCCAAGUUUUCCCAGAGAGGUAUCUGCUUUGACUUUAUAGAAAUGAUGCCAACAUUAUAUUUUACCUCUGACAUUCUUGAAAUGAUGGCAGUUUGGGUUGCAAUGUACAGGGUUAUUAUGAGCCGCACUGCUAAGGUUGUGGUUUUACAUGGUGAAAUUCACACUAUAAUAUUUUUGAGAAUUUUUCCUGAGGUUUCUGAUGUUGAGGACAUACCUAUCAAGACGAAAGGAAAAGUCUGGAUCCUGACAGCUCAGAUGGAGUUCACAUCAGUUCCUAUUCAAAGAAUAUGGGCAAUAGACAUCAUCCAUGGUGCUCUAUCCUUUGCCAUUCACUCAAAGUUUGUGAAAGGAUUCCAGAAAUUUCUUCUGAUGAGAAACCCUACAUCAACCAAAGACGAUGGCUUUAUCAAGGACUUCUGGCAGCAGACUUUUAACUGUUUGUUCCUAAAUACUGAAACAGAACAGCAGAAUGAGAAAAUCUGCACAGGGGAGGAGAAACUAGAGACUCUUCCUGGGUCUGUAUUUGAAAUGAGCAUGACCAGCCACAGCUACAGCAUUUACAAUGCUGUCCAUGCUCUUUGCCGCUAUUUAAGAAGUGUCUCAUUUAACAACAGUGCUGGGGAAACAGUUUCCUUUGACCAAAAUGGCGCCUUGGCAGCUGGAUUUGACAUUAUCAACUGGGUCACAUUCCCAAACCAGUCCUUCCUUAGAGUCAAAGUUGGAAAGGUGGACCCCUCUGCCCCCAAAGAUCAAAUGUUCAGCAUUUCUAUGGAUUCAAUCAUGCAGCCCCUUUCUCUGUGUAAUGAGUUCUGCCAUUUGGGUUACAGUAAGACAAAAAAGGAAGGGAAACCAUUUUGCUGCUAUGAUUGCCUUCCGUGUCCAGAAGGGAAGAUUUCAAACAAGAGAGACAUGGAUUACUGUUAUCAGUGUGCAGAAGAUCAUUAUCCAAACAAGAACCAGGAUUUGUGCAUUCCCAAAGAUAUCAGCUUUCUGACUUAUGAAGAACCUUUGGGGAUCAGUUUAGCUACUGUUGCUCUUUCCCUUUCUUUCAUCACAGUGUUGGUGCUUUGGAUCUUCAUUAAGCACAAGGACACACCCAUAGUCAAAGCCAACAACCAAAACCUCACCUUCGCUCUCCUUAUCUCCCUUCUGCUCUCCUUCUUUUGUGCCUUGCUAUUCAUCGGCCGACCAGAAAAGGGGACUUGUCUUCUUCGACAAACUGCUUUUGGCAUCAUCUUCUCAGGUGCGGUUUCUUGCGUGUUGGCCAAAACCAUCACUGUGGUUCUUGCUUUCAUGGCCACCAAGCCAGGGUCCAGAAUGAGGAAAUGGGUGGGGAAAAGACUGGCUAAUUCCAUAGUUAUUUCCAGCUCCCUUAUUCAAAUCACUAUUUGUACAGUUUGGCUGUCUACCUCUCCUCCAUUUCCAGAUUUUGACAUGCAUUCAAUGACCGAAGAAAUUAUACUGGAAUGUAAUGAAGGUUCAGCUGUCAUGUUCUACUGUGUUCUGGGCUUUAUGGGCUUCCUGGCCAUUGUUAGUUUCACUGUGGCUUUCCUGGGCAGGAAGUUACCUGACAGUUUUAAUGAAACCACAUUUAUCACCCUCAGCAUGUUGGUCUUCUGCAGUGUCUGGCUGUCCUUUGUUCCAACUUAUCUGAGUACAAAAGGAAAAUACAUGGUGGCUGUGGAGAUCUUCUCUAUGUUGUCCUCCAGUACUGGAUUGCUUGGCUGUAUUUUUCCUCCCAAAUGCUAUAUCAUUAUGAUAAGACCUGAUCUGAAUAAUAGACAGCAGCUAAUGAGAAGAAAUAAUUAA